GGACAGAAGAUAUGACGCAUGGGUGCAUGUCGUGAAAAGUUACUUCUGUCACUCUUGUUCGUCGGCGAUUGGCGAAAGUUUUCAUUGGCCAUUCCGAGCGUGUUAAACCUGUUUGUGUAACUAAUGUCGCGGCCAAUAGGAGAGAAUUCCUGUAGAGUCCUCAAUGGUUGGUAAAUGACGACCGAUUGAUUGAGUCCUAAGCGUUGCCCUAGGGACUUUGUGUGUUUGUGUGAUUGAAUUGGGCCACGGUGUGCCGCCAUACAGACAGACAGACGGUACAGUGCUGCGCCGGCCUGAAGUGUGGUACUCCAGCGCCGCGGCGGCACACUUUCUACGGUGUCAUAUCCGAGUACGAGAGUCCGUGUAGGGUUACGGUACGUCCCCCGGAACUGCCCCGGUAAGGCGACACCAACAUGCCGCCUGAGACGCAAAUCCCUGCCCACCUCAGGACACCCAAGACCAGCUAUAGCGAUGACUACAAGAAGCCGCGACCCUUCAAACAGAUUAAGGCGAGACCAUUUUCUCCUGGGCGGCGGAAUAAUCCCCAUCCUCGCACGGGAUUUCUGGACACGCCGAACUCGGCCCGGUUCGCCACGGGGACGGCGCUACUCCAGGAGAGGGUACGCAAGGCCGUGCGGGACUACAUGCGCCGGGCGUCCGUCGAAUCACGACCGGACAACCCGCAAGACAUGACCAACACCGACUUCUUCUCUGUUCAACCCAAGGAGAUCCAGCAAAGACUGCCGAACACGGGUGAGCAUGUGGUCAAGAAAUUUGUCAGGCCGUCGAUGCAAUACCUGAAGCAGUCGCUGGAGCCCCCACAGCAACAGCAGUACCACCAACCUCCCGACCCGGAGGUACCGCGAGUAAGUAUCCAGGCUCGCCUCCCCCAGUACAAGCCGAGAGAGAAGUGGGUAGUGGUCAACAAAGGGCCGCCCACAGCACCGGAGGACCAGCCGCACUGGUCAACCUGGAACACCAAGACACCCUUCCACCCUCCCACAGCGCCGCAGCACCACGUGAACUCGGUCCCGAGCAGACCGAAGACAGCUCCCCCUGGCGAGUUCAGAGAGGACGAGCAGGAGUGGACGACGUACCGUACUGUGAAGACCCCGCCCCACGCCAUGACAGGCUACACCGCCUACCCGCAGUCACACCAGCCCAUCCCGCCGCCUGACAACAGGCCGGUGAGCGCUAUGGACGGACAGGUGGGCAAGUUCAAGACUUGGGCCCAGAACGCUGACGACUACGAGAAACAGAUAGUUUACGACAUGUUGAAGAGUCUGAACGGCGGGAAGUCUGCCGGGCCUGAGCGGUCCCAGCCGAGCUCCAUGCGGGUACAUGUGGCCACACGGGGGAGUUCCCCCGUACGUCUGGAAAAAUCAGCGUCACAGAAUAGAGCGACCCGUUCUGCACCAGCGCGACAACGGCGCAAGCUGGCCCCCACCGGCGCCAACAACGGACCGCCCCCGGCCUACCGGCUGAACGGGAUCGACGGUAGGGUGGACGGGAACCCCCGCGAAGAAAAGAUCCUGAAGGACUACAUGGAAGACUUGGAAGAAAAGGCUUACCUGUCAGAAAUCUUCAAGAGUUCCAGCGGUAAGAAGGACAGCCAAGUGCAGAGCGGCAAGUCUAACGUGACCAUUGCACGGCUGCCCCCUAACCCACCGCGGUGGUACCGCAACCAGCCGAAGAAGUCGCUGGACUACACCUGUAACGUCAGCUUCUUCCAGCACGUCCGGCCGCCGCACCGCAGUCACUUCAUCAUCGCGCCCGACUGGACCUCCGAGAGACUCACUGUCAGGAAGAAGAUAAACCACAUGGUGUCUAGUUCUGUGUAAUAAC